CCUGGAUGCGCAAACGGGACAUGCACAUCCUGAGCGCUGGCAUCUUCAUGUAUACGUCGGACCUGAGGUUCCAGGUGAUCCAUCCGGAUAAGUCGGAGAAUUGGACGCUGCAAAUCAAGUCGCCGCAACAGCGCGAUUCUGGCGUGUACGAGUGCCAGGUCAGCACCGAGCCGAAGAUGUCGCUCAACUAUAGUCUCAACGUAGUUGAAGCGCGAGCCAGAAUACUCGGCCAGGCUGAUAUCUACGUGAAGACCGGAAGUCUUUUGACGUUGACGUGUGUCAUGUCGCAAGGUCCCCAUGAUCUGGGAACGGUAGCUUGGUAUCAAGAAAGUGAGGCGGUGGUGACAUCACCGCGAUCAGAAAACGACAUCGAAUCGGAGCCCCGCAUAACCGUCGAGACAGAAUGGAGUGACGCCCUCACGUCGAGAUUGAGGAUCACGCAUGCGAAGCUCACUGACAGCGGAAAGUACAGUUGCGUUCCUACCGUGGCGGAGAGAGCAAGUGUCAACGUGCACGUGAUCAAUGGUGAACAUCCGGCUGCGAUGCAGCAUGGAAACACAGCAGCCGGAUCGCCCAACUCGAAAACGGUUCUGGUGAUGCUUGCCUUCCUUCUAGGCCAGCUGAGAUAAUGUGCGUGCACGAAGGUUGCCCGAGUAAAAUUGAUGGACGUAUCACAACAUUGUCGCCCACACAUCCUAAACGUUAACCCUUCCGCACAGAUCGAUCUGAAUUAGAUCUUAAUUAGUUUCAUCGUAGCGGCCGAAAGAUUAAAUGAUUUGCAACAUUAUAUAAUAGUCAUAAUGAUACAGUUAUAAAGCGAGAAUUUAUAAGUUAAUGAAAGGUUAUUUAUAAAAGUUUUUGAUUAAUAUCAGUUGUGCGAAUUUUAUGGCUUUAGAAUUAAUUGAUUUUUGAAGAAUAAUAUUUCAUAAUCACUGCGAUGUCAUAUACUAUUCACCGUUAUUGACAUGAUUGUUUUCUAUCGCGUAUAUCAUUUUAUUUUAUCGGGAUUAAGUUUUUAAAUUCGUUGAAAUCGCGUACGAAAUAAUAUAGAAAUGCAGCGAUUGUAAAUCAUAAUUUUUUUUCAACUCCAAUUUCCAUUUAUCUCGAAGCAGAAAUUUUAAUCUAAAAAUAUAAGCGCCGUUAUGUUAUUUUAAUUGCGUGUCGUAAUUUAAAUACUCUCGUUGUGUAGCGGUUAUCUCGCUUCUCUUAAUCUAACAUGAAAAUCCCCAUCCCGUUUAUCUUAAACUUAACCGUGGGUUUGGCCGCUGGGGUGAGAAAUACAAAGAUAAUCUCUAAGAGACAGCUCUUACGUAAUAAAAGGGAAAGCUUUGUGCCUAAGGGUUAAGCGGAGUGUGAGGCAGUUGUAUUACACGGUGUCUUAGAAGCAUGAAUUUCUGAGUCGACUUUUCCCAGCCGCGAAAGAAUGAAUCCAGAAAGAAUGGACUUUUCAUACAUUUGUUAUAUAAUGCAGCGACAGUAUUUACAGAUGAGCUGUACACAUAUAAAAUGUUAAAUAGCUGCGUAAUGAUAACCAGCGAAUCGUAUCUCCAUCUCAAAAACAUUCCCCAGUAAUUGGCAAUGUUGCACAAAUGAUAUUUUUACCAUCAAUUUGCGUCCAAAAUUAAU